AUGGAUAAUGAGAGAGCUGAGCUGAGUAAAGAUGAGUUAAGAAGUUAUGAAACUAGAGCUGUUGAUUUGUUGAACAAUGACAAACAAUAUGCCGGCGAAAGAGUUGUCCACUUGAAUGGAGUUAAACCCUCCCUCCUUAUCAACAUGGACGAAAGUGAUUAUUGUCCAUUUGUGGACUCAAAAAGGAGCAACUUUUAUGUUGACGACAACUAUGACUACACCAACUCUUACUCUGUUGAUCGCUCUCAAAAACGCAUAACACUGAUUGCAGGAAUAUUUACCAACAACACCACACUGAAACCAAUGAUCAUACUAUCAAACUUGACAAUGAAAAAUGAAAUCAACAGAUACACUGACAGAGAUGAAAUUGCAUAUCAACGCAAAUCUUUCAUUACGGAAGACAUAUACAUGUUGUGA